AUGGCUGUCCAAGACGAUAUCAUAGCUCCAGCGCUGGAUCCACAGGCUGAAGAAUCCUUCGAAGAAAAAGAAAAGACCCGAAAGAGGACGCUCGGCAAUCUACGCCUUGUUCAUCCAGAGACGAAUGCCGUGAUCCUGGUUCCCACGCCGUCCUCCGAUCCCAACGACCCCUUAAACUGGUCACCAUGGCGCAAGUACUACGUCGCCGGGGUUCUUUGCUUGACGAUGGCCAUGUCCAAUUUUCUUGCCGCCGGGCCGGCUAUCGCGGUGCCGGCGACGGCAGCCGAUUUCUUCCCAGAUUCCUUGGCUGAUGGCACCUUUGUCACGUCCGCCAUUCCAAAGACGGCCUACUUCUUCACCACCACGUCUCUGCUGAUAGGACUGGGCAACAUCAUCUGGGUGCCUGUGGCCAACAAAUGGGGCCGCCGGCCAGUGUUUCUGGCAGGCCGAAUCCUCAUGGGAUUCGGUGCCGGUGCAGCGGAGACGCUUGCUCCCAUUACCAUUGCCGACAUCUUCUUUCUCCACGAAAGAGGCAGGAUCAUGUCCGCGUACACCUGCUUCUUAUCCAUAGGGGCAUCGGGAGGAUUGGUGAUUUCCGGCCUCAUCACGAUUCAUCAUACUUGGCGAACUAUCUAUCAGGUUGGCUCUGCCUUGAUUGGCUUUGUUCUUCUUGCUCUACUCUUUACUGUGCCCGAGACCAGCUACUCUCGGAUCGAAGAUUAUAGCUCGCCUCCUGCAGAUACACCUAGUGAUCUAUCAACUUCAACUACGACCCAAGGAGAGCUGUCUUCCCCGAAGAAGAUGAGCUAUUUCGAAACCCUAUUAGUAUUCAAGGCCGCAAGCACCAAGGAGAACCUCUUCAAGAUGAUGAUUCGCCCCUUUGGCCUCAUUGUCCUUCCACCGGUGCUGUGGUCUGCUCUUGCCCUGGCCGUUACUAUCGGGUUUCUCGUGGCGGUUUCGUCUAACUCAGCCUCGGCAUUUAAUACGACGUAUGGCUUUGCAUCUUACCAGGUUGGACUUUGCUAUAUUGCUGGCGUGAUUGGCUCUUUACUAGGGCUACCUGCAGGAGGACACCUUGGGGAUAAGGUUGCAGAUAUUCUAACAAAGAGAAACGGCGGUAUUCGAGAACCUGAAAUGCGGCUACCAGCAGUCAUGAUAUCUGCAAUCACCGCCCCGCUUGCUCUGGUCCUCUAUGGCGUCGGUAUCCAGUACAAGCUUCACUGGAUAUGUCCAACCAUAGGAAUAGGUCUCCUCAAUUUCUCCAUCACGCAAGCCAACACGAUUUGUAUCGUCUAUGUCAUUGACUCGUACCGGCCGGUUGCAGGUGAAAUUACUCUGGCAGUUACAGGAUUCAAAGCCCUGUUUGCCUUCUUCCUCUCCUUUGAAACAAACCCUUGGAUCAAUCUAUCUGGCUACCGGGACGCGUUUGGAGCCAUGGCGGGAAUUGCGGGGGGAGUCCUCAUUAUGUGGAUCCCGUUGUAUUUCUGGGGAAAGAAAAUUAGACAUUACUCGUGGAAAUGGAGAGUCAUCUCUUUCAUACACUGGGAUAAUGAUCGCGAAGUGGGCGAAUAA